CAAAGGGCUGGGCUUACAGAGGAUAGGAGUGGUGCUGGGGUCAGCACUGAGGCCUCAUCUGUGAAAUGUAAGCUUCAGGGUACCAGUCGUCUGCCUGCAUUCUCAAUGGAUGGAGACUAUGUUAUUGGAGGUGUUUUCUCCAUACACCACUACAAACAAACAGUGGACAAUAAAUACACCACCAUGCCUGAGCCUCUAAAGUGCACAGGGAGCAUCGACUCCCGUGAACUGCGCCUCUCAUACGCCAUGGUCUUCGCCAUCGAGGAGAUUAACAACAGCUCGGAGCUGCUGCCAGGCAUCAAACUCGGUUAUCAGAUCCACGACUCGUGCGCCGCAGUUCCCGUGGCGGUGCAAGCGACAUUCCAGCUAUUAAAUGGUCUGGACCCAGUGUUUUACACGGGCGAUAAUUGCUCACAAUCAGGUAUGGUGAUGGCCAUCAUCGGUGAGUCUGGCUCCACUCCAUCCAUCAGCAUGUCGCGCGUAAUCGGGGCCUUCGACAUUCCACAAGUGAGCCACUUUGCCACUUGUGCAUGUCUGUCCGAUAAGCAGCAGUUCCCGAGUUUCUUCAGAACAAUCCCGAGUGAUCAGUUCCAGGCUGACGCGCUGGCCAAGCUGGUGAAACACUUUGGCUGGACUUGGAUAGGUGCUGUCCGCUCGGAUUCGGACUAUGGCAAUAACGGCAUGGCGACUUUCCUGCAAGCAGCCCAGAAGGAGGGGAUCUGUGUGGAAUACUCUGAAUCUUUCUAUCGAUCCCACCCACGCAGCAGGAUCCAGAGAGUAGCAGACGUCAUCCGCAGGUCGACAGCUGUGGUUGUUGUGGCAUUUGCAGCCUCUGGAGACCUCAGGAUCCUGCUGGAGGAGCUGUCGCUUGAGCCUUCACCUCCUCGCCAGUGGAUCGGCAGUGAGGCCUGGGUAACCGACCCAGACAUGUUGAGGUUCAGCUUCUGUGCUGGAGCCAUUGGAUUUGGGAUUCAGCGAUCUGUCAUUCCAGGUGUGAGAGAAUUCUUGCUGGAUCUCUCUCCCACUGACGUGGCUGCCUCCCCAGUGCUUACUGAGUUCUGGGAGGAGGCAUUCAACUGCAGGCUGGGAAAAACUGCAGCCGUGGAUGAGAGAGUGUGUGAUGGAUCUGAAGACAUACAGACGCUCCAGAGUCCAUACACUGACACAUCUCAGCUCCGAAUCACUAACAUGGUGUACAAGGCUGUUUAUGCAAUAGCACAUGCCAUUCAUAAUUCAGUGUGUCAGGAAACAAAUUCUACAACUCAGUGUGAUAAAAUCACCGGGAUAGAGUCCAAACAGGUUCUCACUCAGCUGAAGAAUGUAAAUUUUUCCCAGAAUGGUUAUAAUGUGUCAUUUGAUGCCAAUGGGGAUCCUGUGGCCACAUAUGAGCUGGUAAACUGGCAAAAAAGUGAAAGUAGCAGCAUUGAGUUGGUGACAGUAGGUUUCUAUGAUGCAUCACUGCCUGUGGGACAGGAGUUCAGUAUCAACAGGAACCUCACCUGGAUGGAGGGCAGCACACAGGUCCCUGUGUCAGUGUGCAGUGACAGCUGUCCUCCAGGAACUCGUAAAGUGCUGCAGAAAGGAAAACCCAUCUGCUGUUAUGAUUGCAUACUGUGUCCUGAGGGAGAGAUUAGCAAUGCUACAGAUUCUCCUGAUUGUUUCCCUUGCCCCAAGGAGUUCUGGCCUAAUGCAGAGAGAGACUCUUGUCUCCCCAAGCCUGUAGAGUUUCUGUCCUUUGACGAGGUCCUAGGAAUCAUCCUGGCUGCAUUCUCAGUUGCUGGUGCCUGUCUUGCCAUUAUAACAGCGGCUGUGUUCUUUCAUCACAGGACAUCCCCGAUUGUCAGGGCCAACAACUCUGAGCUGAGCUUCCUGCUGCUCUUCUCCCUGACUCUCUGUUUCUUAUGUUCAUUAACUUUCAUUGGAGCACCCACUGAUUGGUCCUGCAUGCUGCGCCACACAGCAUUUGGGAUCACCUUCGUCCUCUGCAUCUCUUGUGUUCUUGGGAAAACCAUAGUUGUGUUGAUGGCCUUCAAAGCUACACUCCCAGGUAGUAACGUCAUGAAAUGGUUUGGUCCUCCACAGCAAAGAAUGACUGUGGUGUCUUUUACAUUUGUUCAAGUUUUAAUAUGUACCAUUUGGUUGGCUCUUAGUCCUCCUUAUCCAUUGAAAAACCUGACCACAUACAAAGAGAGGAUCAUCCUGGAGUGUGCAUUGGGCUCAGAUAUUGGGUUCUGGGUUGUGCUCGGGUACAUCAGCCUGCUGGCUGCCUUUUGCUUAGUGUUAGCUGUCUUAGCACGGAAACUACCUGAUCAUUUUAAUGAAGCCAAGCUUAUCACCUUCAGCAUGUUGAUAUUCUGUGCAGUGUGGAUCACCUUUAUCCCAGCAUAUGUCAGCUCUCCUGGGAAAUUUACUGUGGCUGUGGAGAUAUUUGCCAUUCUGGCCUCCAGUUUUGGUUUAAUUCUGUGUAUAUUUGCUCCAAAAUGUUUCAUCAUAUUGUUUAAACCAGAGAAAAACACCAAGAAACAUUUAAUGAACAAAAAUUAAGACUAAGACAUCUGAGGUUUUUGAAAUAAUAUCUAUCCAUCUAUCUAUAUAUAAAAAUCCCCCUUUCACCAGCUCCCCCACCCUACUGGUGUGUGUCUUUCUCAAGCUCAGGUUCCCUACCAAAGGCCUUGGAGUCUGGUUGUUUUGUGCAGUAUCUUAGCUGUUCCUAAGACCAGCGAUGUUGUACCUGGAAUCUGGGACCCCUGUUCCACUUUGGGGGUCACAGUCCCCAGUACCUCGAUUACCACUGGCAUCGCUGUUCCUUUUGCUCACCACAUUUUUUCUAGCUCUUCUCCCAGCGAUUGUUUUUUUUAGAGGUUGUCACGUUCCUUCACCUUGAUGUUGCUGUUGCUUGCUGCCGCUUCUGUUGUUUGUUCACCACCACAAUGGCCAGUUCGCCAUCUUCGGCUGGUUUUGUGUAUAUAUAUAUGUAUAUAUUACAGGUUUACAUGCUGUCAGCGUCAUUGUUGAAUGUCAUUUUUGUCCUUUUAAUUUACAAUUUUUUUUUACAAAUACAAAAAUGAUUAAUAAAGUCACAACUUAU